AUGGCCUGUCCAUUUCUGAAUGAGGACAUUGUGGAUGAAGGGGCAAACAUAGUCCACAGGGCACUCAUUCCACCUGUACCUAGAGUAUUUAGGAACAGGAAUGAUCCCUUAGCUGCCUCUGAUGAUUAUCUCUAUGGAAGAUACAGGUUCAGUCAGCAGGGCCUUGUGUACCUGACCAACCUGCUAGAUCCUUACAUUGCUAAAUACACCCGGCGCAGCAGAGCCCUUUCCUCUGUGCAGUCUGUCUGCAUUGGCCUGCGAUUUUUUGCGUCGGGUACAUUUCUGUACACUAUAGGUGACGCAGAGGGACUGGCAAAGGCAACUGUGUGCAGGGAAAUCCGUAAGGUGUACCUUGCCUUAAAAGCACACAUGAAUUUCUUCAUCACCUUCCCAGGACAUCUUCCAGAGCAGAGGAUAAAGGAAGCUUUCUUUUCCGUUGCUGGCUUUCCAAAUGUCCUGGGUGCAAUAGAUUGCACCCAUGUGAAAAUUAUAGCCCCUCCAGGUCCCGAAGAGAGGGAUUACAUCAACCGAAAACGGUUUCACAGCCUUAAUAUUCAGAUGAUCUGCGAUACCAGCUUCCUGAUCACGAACAUUGAGGCCAGAUGGCCUGGAUCUGCCCACGAUGCCCUUAUUUACAAGGGCUUACGUGUCACUCCACGACGGGCCUGCGACAUACGUGUUGCUUGUGCGGUAUUGCAUAAUAUUGCCAACCUCCGGAAAGAGAGGAUGCCCUUGGUGGAGAUGGAGGAGCAGUGGGACCAGAUUGUUCCUGCGGCUCUUCAUGGGGCAGAUGGGCGACGUGUCCGUGACGCAUAUCGAAACAGAUAUUUUUAG